GUAGCUAAAAAACCUCUCAUUUCAUUCUACUUAAAGGUCAAAUCCAUAUUAAAGCAAUUGUAAGCGUUAUUCUGGGACUUUUGACUAAGGAGUAAUGGACAUAGGGUCUUGAGAUGAGUAAAUCUAAAGAUCUCAUUGAAGCGUGUAAAUCUCUAUUGUACCAUAGUCUGCCUUGUGGAAAUAUAUGCUGGUCGAUCUUCCUCAACAUGCGCAAAAGAGUAAGUCAUGUUAUAAUCACUUCUACUUCAAAUAUGAUCCACUUUCGUAAAAUCAGUACUACUGUGAAAUACCAUAUGAACAUCUUCAAUAUUUUCUAAACGGGAAGCUUCAACCUAUUUCGUGAGUUAAUGGUUAACGGCAACCCUGAAAGUGAAACAGCGAGAGUGCUUCACUACGUUCGAUCUUCCGAAUGUCGUAACACGUACUGAUAUACGGCCUGGGCCCUAUAGUGUAUGUAACCAAUGGUCAUCAUUGUUUGACCUCCAGAUUCAGCUUGUCUACAUAUAAAAUGCUGGUGUGAACACGGAAUUUCGUUUCCACGAGAAGGUCGACGUCUUCAUUUAUUUUGAUCUUCUUAACCCGUCUUCUUCAAAGUCAUCAAGCAGACGGAUUAACGAUGAAUCCAAACGGUCGGGUAAAGACGAGCAGGCCUGACGCUACCCCUUCUGUCAACCAAACUUCACCGGGAAAACAUGUCAAGUCGACUAUCUUACCGCUGUGCUGUCUGGUGGUUGUGCUCUGUAUCUAUCUCCCGACGAGGACCAAAUUCGCCACGCCCAUAGUAGAACCAGUGCCUAGCCCCAGAAUACCCAGAUUUCACCCAUUGAUCGAGGGAUCUGGUCUAAAGACAGACUCAUCAAAAAACGAAAGCAGUUUGACGUUUUCCACUGCAGAUGCAUCACCAAGCCUUACAAGAAGUUUGUCCAGAACAUCGAUCGUCACCCAAGCUAGUCCAGAUCUCACUACAUCCAGUCCUCCGGACCCACAACACAGUUGUAAUCCCGUGGAAAGGAUAGUCUACGUCAAAACGCACAAGACGGGCUCCACAACCACUGCAUCCAUAUUGGAGCGAUUUGGAUACCUGCGUAAUUUGAGUUUCGCCAUGGGUAAAGGAAGUCAUAUCAUAUCAAACGAGCAAUUGUUCAAACGAUCAAUGCUAUACCAAAUCCCGAACAGAACUCGGCAAGAUUUCGACAUGCUUGUAAACCAUGUUCGAUAUAACAGGAAUGAAAUGGAUGUUGCCGUGCCAGGGGCCAAGUAUGUCACCAUUAUAAGAGAUCCCGUGACCCAGCUUGAGUCGGCCUUCGGGUAUUUUGAGAUGGGCAAUCACCUUAAAAUUGUUUCGAAAAACCCGUUUGAGACUUUCAUGUCUCAGCCACAGAAGUACUACGCAAUGAAAACAUACUUCUGGACAAGGAGUAGAAAUGGACAGAUUUAUGAUUUAGGUUUCGACCACGAAAACGAUGAAAAUGUAGCAAAAAUUCAGGAAAAAAUCGACAAGCUCUCCAAAGAGAUAGAUCUGGUUAUGAUCACUGAAUAUUUCGAAGAGUCGCUCAUUCUUUUACGAAAGCUUUUGUGUUGGGAUUAUUCAGACAUUCUCUACAUCUCAAAUGGGAUCCGUAGUAAAAGUCACAGAUUCGCUGUCAACCAAGACAUGGCGAAUAAAAUCAGAGCAUGGAGCGCGGCUGAUGUCAUGCUCUACGAACACUUCAAUCGAACAUUUUGGAAAAAGGUGGAUGAAUACGGACCAAGCUUCCAAGAAGAUUUGGCGCAUUUUAGAGAAAUCGAAACAAAUGCUAUGAAUAUGUGUAUUAAUUUGAAGAAGAAUAACACUGGGGAUAAGAGAGAAGAUAAACUCACGUUGAAGAAUAAUUCUGAGUUCUGUCAAGACCUUAUUCGCGCUGACGUACCUUAUACGUCUUUGAUUCGAAAAGGUAUGGUGCGUCGUGCUGCGGAGGAAGCAGCGAAGAGAUCAGCACCUUGAUAUAAUAUUCACCUCUUUGAUACUUUAUUUAUUAUAGGUGCCUUCUGUUAUUUAUCAUCAACUCGUGGGUAGGCUGAGAAUAGGAGAAUGUCAUAACAAUGAUUGGUGUAUCAUUAUGCGGACAUGACUACAAUGUGUCAAUGAAGAUAAUGUAACGCCGCAUCUCAGUCGUGUGCAAUCCAGUCACAAACAGUGUAUACCUACAUGUACAAACAAAUUAGAUCUGUUGGUGAGUGAAAAUACCACGAGUCCAAGUUAGGAUUAGACGCCAUUUAUGAUACAAGGAUUUAUUAUGCUGAAUAUUUUCAUCUAGGUUUCAACUCGUUAAGGGGCAUGUGACAGACAUCAACCCUACUUCUGGCAGAAACUCUUUAUAAUACAUGUACCUACAGGUAAUGCUGAACAUUCUCCGCAAGGUUUCAACCCGUUACCUUUUUUUCGCUACAUGAGCUUAAAUGUUUUGGUCCACUGUCAUGGCCCUAAUGACAGCCUCCACCGCACUGUGCCAUUCAGUCGUCCAUUUCUUUUUAUCAUGGUUUUGUCCAUGUAUCAUUGCUAUGUACAUGAACAACGCUAUUCCCCCACCCCACCUCCCCCCAUAGUGUGAGCCUCUCCGGCUCCCGAUCUGAUAUGCCUCUUGCAUGUGCAUGGGCGUAUUUCAUUUGCGUUAUUACACCCCCCCCCCCCCCUCCACUCAGUGUUAUUAAGGGUACGCAUUAUGCAUGUUCCCUCACUUUGAAAGCACACCCCUCCUAUAUCCAGUGUGUAAAGUCAAUACGGGCCGGACUUUACUGGAGAUUUUUUGGAACGAAUGCGGUCCCUCGGACCUGGGGGGGGGGGGGGGGGGGGGUAGUAGGUGGUUCUGAUAUUUGCACGUGCUUUAUAUACCAUCGUCACGCUCAUAAUUUUGGCGCGUCAAAAUAUCGAAUCAGUCGCUGACACAGUCCAUUUUAUGACUUGCAAAUGACUUGAAGUACCUUGAAGUACCUUCAAACAAAGUACA